AUGACAAAAAUAGUAAGGGCGGGAUUUACAUUUGCUAAAAACUGUAAAAAUGCAGUAAUAUCUACAUCAGUUCGCGCAAUUUCUAUAACGAAGCAAUUAAAUUUGAAAGAAUUGCGGGAGCACACUGAAGGUACGACGUUAGUAGUAGAAGGUGUAACUGUUCCAUCACCGAGGACAGCUUUACUUGUACGCGCUGAAAAUUUAUCUGGCUAUGUUCCACCAGAGAGUUCGGAGAAAAAACCAUGUUAUAUGUGUGCUCUGGGUUUAGAUGUCAAACACACGGAUGUGCUUAUUUUAAGUCAGUUCGUAAGAUCUGACGGGUGUAUGUUGCCCCGUCGCAUAACAGGGCUUUGUAGUCGGCAACAGAAGAAGAUUGGUAAACUAGUUACAAUGGCUCAAAAAGCAGGACUUAUGAUAAACUUGACUCCAUCCUAUUGCCACAAAGAUCCAAAGAAAAGAAGAGACUACAAAAAGUUCAACACAUACUUUGAUGAGAAAACAAUAUUUUGGUGGAGAAUCCCAAAACCUACUGAUAAAUUUAAACGAUAA